AGUGAAGUCCUCAAACUACUAUUACCAGUACUCUUAGGGAUUUCCCAAGUUACUUUGCAAAGGUAUGGCGGGGAGAGUGUGAAUGUCAGCAUAGAAGGUAAUCAAAACACUUGAACUCAGGUGAAAAGAGGAUCUAAGAGAAGGGGAGGUGGAUUUGUCAUCUUAACAUAGGCUGCUGGAGCUACCGUUUUUGCCGAACACGCCGUGCAGAAUUACAGGUGUGAAUGUGUACACUUGAGUACACGUCCGGCUGGGUGUGUAGUGGGUAGUGAAGCUUUGCUAAUUGUAGUUCGCAUUGUCCCUAAACGGAGCGGUUUUCUGUGAACAUGAUUUGUACUUUCCUACGAGCUGUACAAUAUACGGAAAAGCUGCACAGGUCCUCCGGGAAGCGGUUGUUUUUGCCACACUUUGUACUUAAUAACUCUUGCUUGAAGACUGAGCCCAGUUUGAGAUGGCUGCACCAGCAGCAAAAAACGGUGCGACCUAGAUGUAUCUUAGGAGUCACCCCGAAAACCAUCUGGACGCAGGGACCGAGCCCACAGAGAGAAAAGGAAGACAGCAGCAAACAAGUGUCUGUGCACAGUCCGAGAGGGGAUACCGCCAUCUCAACGUCACAGAAAGUGAAAGAAGCUGGAAGAGAUUUUACCUACUUGAUGGUGGUGCUUGUUGGAAUCAGCAUUACAGGUGGCUUGUUUUACGCACUUUUCAAAGAACUUUUUUCUUCAUCCAGUCCUCACAAGAUAUAUGGGAAAGCCUUUGAAAAAUGCAGAUCACAUCCCGAGGUUAUAAGUGUCUUUGGUGAGCCUUUGAAAGGCUAUGGGGAGACGACAAGGCGUGGUCGAAGGCAGCAUGUCAGUUUUAUUGAAUAUGUAAAAGACGGGCUGAAACACAUGCGUGUGAAAUUCUACAUCGAGGGCUCCGAGCCUGGGAAGCGAGGAACAGUGCAUCUUGAAGUGAAAGAGAACCCAGAAAGUGGCGAAUAUGAGUUUCGAUAUAUAUUUGUAGAACUUGAAGCCUAUCCUAGAAGAACUAUUGUCAUUGAAGAUAAUCGAACCUAAGAGAAUUAAAAGAACCAGCAAGCAUGCUGUUUCUUGAGGGUUGAAUGCUGCAGACCCUCGAGUCUGAUCUUCACAGCUCUCCCAGAGGCGGUUUAGAGUAACAUAGGGAAGAGUAGAACUCAUAAAAGUGAAUGAAACUGGGCGGUUGUUGCAUUUAGACAGACUGCAUUCGAGAUGUUGUCUUGUAGAGUGAAAAAUCAUGAAAUAGAUCACAUUUUACGUUAUCUUAUUGGAUCAUCGAUCAAGGGCAGUAUUACUGCUCUACUAGCAUCUUCUUUCAUGGUUUAAUAAAUUUUUGUUAAAAAUUUUACACCAUGUAAAUAAGAAAAUAGAGUUCAGUAUUUUGUGCUUUUUUUUACGUUCUAUCGCUGUAUAAAAUAAAGACUAUGUGAAAGCU